CUUGAACCGCGACCGUCACACAAAAGCCUUCAGGCAGGACCCAAGCAGCCGGCAAUUUCCUUGCCCUUACCUUCUCGGGACCUUUACCAUUUUAUAGUGUAUACCCGGAUAUUUUUUAGCGACACGUUUGCGUCCCUUCCAGAUCUGGGACCCUAACAACGGACUCGAUGAUUAACGAUUCUUCAUUGGUGGAAUCACAACGGCUGCAAUAAUCGCAGCUUCCCCCCGUGGUGCCGGUGAUGUUGGCUCACGGGUCGCGACUGGGUGAACCAAAACAGAAACUUCCCAACCUCUUGCGCUCAUUAAGCGGCUGGUAGGCCAAUAUAUCACCGGAAACCCGGAAGCCGGAUUUCCCACGAUGAUGUUGUCAAGUCAACAGCUACAAGAUGAAGGUGGCAUCAUGGAUGGGGGCUCGGGGUCCCUGCAUUCUAGACUCGGGACCGCAGCUUUGAAGGGCAGGCAGAAUUCAACAAGAUGGUCUUCCUCUCUGCGUUUGUCCUCUCUGUCGGAGGAUUUGUUAUCUCAGUACAGGGCGGAGUGACCUACCCAAACUGCGCAAAUGGACCGCUCAGGUCAAAUGCCGUAUGCGACACGUCGGCCGCCCCUGCAGCCCGGGCUGCUGCCCUUGUGGCGGCCAUGAACAACAACGAGAAGCUUGCCAACCUCAUCAACAAUUCCCCAGGCGUCUCGCGGCUCGGGCUUAGUGCGUACCAGUGGUGGAACGAAGCCCUUCACGGGGUGGCCCAUAACCGCGGCAUCACUUGGGGCGGCCAGUUUAGUGCGGCGACCCAGUUCCCGCAGGCCAUCACCACUUCGGCAGCUUUCGACGACCCCCUUAUUGAGAGGAUCGGUGUCAUAAUCAGCACCGAGGCCCGCGCCUUCGCAAACAACGGCCGUGCUCAUCUCGACUUCUGGACGCCCAACGUUAACCCCUUCCGUGACCCGCGUUGGGGACGGGGACACGAGACGCCGGGAGAAGACGCCUUCAGAAACAAGAAGUGGGCCGAGGCGUUUGUCAAGGGAAUGCAGGGGACGGCCUCGACGCACAGAGUCAUAGCCACCUGCAAGCAUUACGCGGCGUACGACCUGGAGAACUCGGGCAGCACGACGCGCUUCAAUUUCAACGCGAGGGUGUCUACUCAGGACCUGGCCGAGUAUUAUCUACCUCCCUUCCAGCAAUGCGCGCGGGACUCCAAGGUGGGCUCCAUCAUGUGCAGUUACAACGCCGUCAACGGCGUCCCGGCGUGCGCGAGCCCUUACUUGAUGGACACGAUUCUCCGGAAGCACUGGAACUGGACGGACCAGAACCAAUACGUCGUGAGCGACUGUGAUGCCGUGUACUAUCUCGGUAACGCAAACGGCGGCCACCGAUACAAGUCGAGCUACGCAGCCGCCAUCGGGGCCUCUCUCGAGGCUGGUUGUGACAACAUGUGCUGGGCGACUGGCGGUACGACACCGGAUCCCGCCUCUGCCUUCAACUCCCGGCAGUUCACCCAGGCCACGCUGGACAAGGCCAUGCUGCGUCAGAUGCAAGGCCUUGUUAGGGCGGGAUACUUUGACGGUCCCGACAGCCUGUACCGCAAUCUGAGCGCGGCAGAUCUCAACACGCAGGUCGCUCGAGACACGGCACUCAAAGCUGCAGAAGAAGGCAUCGUGCUACUCAAAAAUGACAAUAUCCUCCCUCUGGCACUCAAUGGUUCCAACGUCCAGAUUGCCAUGGUCGGCUUUUGGGCCAACGCGGCCGACAAGAUGCUUGGGGGUUACAGUGGUAGCCCUCCGUUCAAACAUGACCCUGUGACGGCCGCAAGAUCAAUGGGUAUCACAGUCAACUACGUCAACGGGCCCUUGACGGAGGGUAACGUGGAUACCUCGGCUGCUGUCAACGCGGCCCAGAGGUCUAGUGCCGUGAUAUUCUUCGGCGGCAUUGACAACACAGUUGAGAAGGAGAGCCAGGACCGCACGUCCAUCGCGUGGCCCUCGGGACAGCUCACCAUGAUUCAGAGGCUUGCCCAGACCGGAAAGCCCGUCAUUGUUGUGAGGAUGGGGACACACGUCGACGACACGCCACUACUGAGCAUUCCCAACGUGAAGGCAAUCCUGUGGGCCGGAUACCCCGGUCAGGACGGCGGGACCGCGGUGAUGAACAUCAUUUCCGGACUGGCGAACCCGGCAGGAAGGCUGCCUGUCACGGUGUAUCCGUCGUCAUACACCAACCAGGCACCGUACACCAACAUGGCGCUAAGAUCGUCGUCGUCCUAUCCGGGGCGCACUUACCGCUGGUACAAGGAUGCCGUGUUCCCCUUUGGCCAUGGUCUGCACUACACAGACUUUAGCGUAGUCGCGCAGGACUUCCCGACGACAUUUCAAAUCGCAGAUCUCUUAGCGUCUUGCACGGGCUCUGUCACGUACCCCGAGCUCUGCCCAUUCCGGUCCGUCUCGGUCAGCGUGACCAACACCGGCUCCCGAGCGUCCGAUUAUGUUACCUUGGGAUUUCUGGCAGGAGACUUUGGACCAGAACCCCGUCCCAUCAAGUCGCUAGCCACAUACGCCCGUCUGUUUGACGUCCAGGCUGGCCAAACACAGACGGCGAAGCUCGACUGGAAGCUGGAGAGCUUGGCGAGGGUGGAUGACAAAGGGAAUAGGGUGUUGUACCCAGGGACGUACACGCUGCUUCUGGACCAGCCAACUCUGGCAAACAUCACCUUUACCUUGACGGGAGAGGAGGUGGUGUUGGACCAAUGGCCGCAGCCGUAGGGGGUUCGGGAAAUAUUGGAUUAGAGACGUAUUAGUUGAAUUACUUUUUCUAUCCGCGACAGGUAUGAAAAAGGCUCCUCUGAUAGCCAAGAUGC